UCAUGAAGGUUCUUGCUGUGCUGGUGUUGGUUUUGGUGCUCGAGACCCAGGCGCAAUGGCACCAAUACCCAGGACAAGCCAUUGGAGGUGCAAAGGACAUGUCGCAUGCUUACCAGGAUAUGAGGGAGGCUAACUGGAAAAACUCAGACAAGUAUUUCCAUGCACGCGGGAACUAUGAUGCUGCAAGAAGGGGCCCAGGAGGCAGCCGAAGUGCUGAUGUGUGCAGUAAUGCAAGAGAGGCUGUGCAGGGAUGGGGUGAUUCAGGCAAAGGUAAAGAGGAUUCUGAAGCUGACCAGGAAGCCAAUCGCUGGGGACGUAACGGCGGUGACCCCAACAAAUACAGACCGAAAGGCCUUCUCGAAAAGUACUGAAAAGAAGAUCAUCAGUGCAACAGGAAACGGAUUAAAUCGUUUUACUGUAAUACUGAUGACUCAAUUUUGCAUUAAAAAACAAAAAACAUUUCACCUUUUUACUACAUCUUAACAAUUAUCUUUAAUUAAAUCUGCAUUUAUGACAUGACAAAUGCGAAUUUUUUUAAGUUUUAG